CGUGAGACAAGUCGUCGCUCUGCUUCAGCAGAGAAAGGGAAAUCACGUCUGGAUCUCGGGAAAUAUCAAAGAAACCAAACAUUAACCCGAGUUAUGUCUCCGGGCGGAUUCCCAUAACUGCCAGGAUGCGCUUCAUUUGAUGGACACGGAGGCUGCGCCGGUUGAGAAACUUCUCUCGUGUCCGUAACUGGCUGAAACUAUGUUCCCGGAUAUUUUGUGUGUGCUGUUAUUCAGCACUGUGCACAUCGCAUCGUCUUUAGAGCUGCAACUAGGCAUGCCAAAUGUUUGUGCUGACCAGGAGAUGUCCAUGAUGGCGGCCCGUCAGCCUUGUGUCCAGGCUUUUUCCCGUAUGAUUAAAGUUUGGAAGCAGGGAUGCACCAACCACAGAUGGUGUGCGGGCUACGAGAGAAGGACAUCUUACUACACAGUGUACCGGCAGGUGUACAGCGCGGAUUUACGCACAGUUUAUAAGUGCUGCCCUGGCUGGACUCAGGAGGGUGAAGAGAUGGGCUGUCUGCACAGGGUUUGUGGUGUCAAUACAUGUUUCAAUGGAGGCCAAUGUGCAAAGACCGAAGACCGGAUGUGCCAAUGUCCACUGGGCUUCAAAGGGACGCAAUGCCAAUAUGAUGUUAACGAAUGUGAGGUGGAGGACGGCGGCUGUGAGGAGUCCUGUUGCAACACCAUCGGCAGCUACUACUGCAAGUGUCCAGAAGGCAGUCGACUGGGGCCCGAUGGCAAAGCAUGCCGCGAUGUAAACGAGUGUGAGGAGGUCAAUGGAGGAUGCCAGCAAACGUGUGUCAACACAAAAGGCUCAUUUCACUGUGAGUGCAGAGAAGGCUUCCGCAUGCACUCUGAUGGUCGGACCUGCAUUGCUGUGAACUCGUGUUCGAUUCUGAAUGGCGGAUGCGAGCACAAGUGUGUGGACACGGGAAACAAUAACUACAAAUGUGACUGCCGUAAGAACUAUCAGCUGAAGAGGGACGGGAGACACUGUGAAUUGAGGGACCCCUGCGAGCACAGGAAUGGCGGCUGCUCCCAGCUGUGUCUUUCACAGCACGGCCGGGUUCACUGCAGCUGCCGACCUGGUUUUACUCUGUCUGGAGACGGCGAGAACUGUGAAGACAUCGACGAGUGCCGCUCAGGCCGCGCCGAGUGUUCCCAUGGCUGUGUCAACAUGCUGGGCUCCUUCAGCUGUGUGUGUCAUCAGGGCUUCGAACUUGGUGCUGAUGGCAAACAGUGCUACCGCAUUGAGAUGGAGAUCGUCAACAGCUGUGAGAAGAACAAUGGAGGUUGCUCUCAUCACUGCGAGCACACCACCAACGGCCCGUCGUGCUCCUGCAACCACGGUUACCAGCUGGACCGGCACAGGAAGACCUGCGUGGAUAGCGACGAGUGUGUCAGUGGGGAGUCCUGCUGCCGUCAUCUCUGUAGAAACCACCCGGGCGGCUACGAGUGCAGCUGCAGAGCUGGCCACCGACUGAGUCCCGACGGCUGUGGCUGCGACGACAUUGACGAGUGCCAAGCGGAGACCUCGGGCUGCGAACAAAACUGCGUCAACACCCUGGGAACAUAUGAGUGCUUCUGUGAACUGGGAUUCCGCUUGGAUCAGGACCAGCACUCCUGCGUUGCUCUCUAUGGCAGAGAGCUGGAAGAAGAAGGGGAUGAAGAUGCGGAGGAGGACGAGCGGCCGGAUGUCCACACAUUACCGGACCUGCUGUUCCGCAACGCUCCUCAACUCCUGCGGUACACAGCCGCCCUGCGCUCCCGUCAUGGCGGUGAUGGCGGUGAUGGUGAAACAGAAUACGAGAUCCAGAGGGAGCGCCGAGGAGAGCUCAGGCUGGACAGCAGUAUAGUGUGUCUAGAUGGCUCGUUCGGAGAGGAAUGCAGUGUGAGCUGUGACGACUGCGUGCACGGAAAGUGUAGUGAUGGCAGAGACGGAUGCGAGUGUUCGGCUGGAUGGACCGGGAUCGUCUGUAACAAGACUUGUCCACAGGGGACCUAUGGGCAGGCCUGUGACAGCCUCUGCCGUUGUCAGAAUGGAGGCUCGUGUGACCCUUUGACUGGGAAGUGUGUCUGCCCCCCCGGGGUGCAGGGGCUGCUCUGCGAGGACGGUUGUCCGAGGGGUUAUUUUGGGAGGCACUGCAGAAAAAAGUGCAACUGCCCAAACAACGGACAUUGCAAUCGCAUGUAUGGAGGCUGCCUGUGCUCCCCGGGACUGUAUGGGCGCUUCUGCCACCUGCCUUGUCCCAGGUGGACGCACGGUGCGGGCUGCUCCAAGGAAUGUGACUGCGUCCAAGAACAUUCCGCCGGCUGUGAUCCCAAAACAGGGAGCUGUUUCUGUAAGGCUGCAUACCACGGCCCACGGUGUGAGAAAGAAUGUGAGCUCGGCUCCUUCGGUGCAGGCUGUGAGCAGCCAUGCGUCUGUCCAGGCGGAGGGUCAUGUGACCCCGGGACCGGAGAAUGCAGUCGGCGAUGUCCCGCAGGCCUACAUGGAGAUACAUGUCAGCUGGCCUGCCGAUCAAAGAGCUAUGGCGAGGGCUGUCGUCUGACCUGCGACUGCGGCGACGCCCCCUGUGACGCUGUGACCGGCCGGUGCAUCUGUCCUGCUGGCAAGACGGGCCACUCCUGUCAGGAAGACUGCCCUGAUGGAUUCUGGGGGUUGAAGUGCCAGUCGCCGUGUCCUAAAUGCGAGAACAGAGGCUCCUGCAAUAAGCACACUGGUGUGUGUGACUGUCAACCAGGUUUCACGGGGAAACUCUGCCAGAACGAGUGUCCCCCAGGUGUCCACGGACCCGGCUGCUCAAUGCGCUGUUCAUGCCCCUCUGAUGCGACCUGUGACCCGCUGACCGGACGCUGCAUCUGCCCUCCUGGCAAAAGAGGCCACGACUGUGCGACAUCAUGCGAGUCUGGCUACUGGGGCCAGGAGUGUCUCAGUAAAUGCCGGUGCGAGGGCACCUCUCUGCACUGCGACCCGGUCACCGGUCAGUGUGCGUGCGAGGCCGGCUUCACCGGGGACCACUGUGAAAAGAAGUGCAUGAAUGGCAGUUAUGGGCCGGCGUGUGUCCAGCAGUGCCAGUGUCACAACGGAGCCCAGUGCGACCAUGUGAGCGGAGCCUGCACGUGUCCACCUGGGCACGCCGGCACUUACUGCGAAAAAACUUGUCCUACUGGCAUGUUCGGGCAAAACUGCAGCAAGCCGUGCCGAUGUCCAGGGGAACGAGAGCAGUGCCAUCCGGUGACGGGGAAAUGCAGCUGCUUGCCUGGUUACUACGGUGCGCGCUGUGAGCUACGAUGUCCAGCGGGGACUUUUGGGCCAAGCUGCAAGUCCAGAUGCAGCUGCAUCAACGGUGGUCGCUGUGACUCCAGCACAGGGAUCUGCUACUGUCUGCCCGGCUUUAUCGGAGCUGACUGCAGCUCCAGCUGUCCGAGUGGAUACUACGGGAAAGACUGUGGUAAGCUGUGCUCCUGUGGAGACGGAGGGCAAUGCCACUCAGCAGAUGGGACGUGCAUCUGUGCCCCCGGUAGGAUGGGACAGUCCUGCCAACAAGCGUGUCCUAGGGGGCGCUACGGGCUACAGUGCAGGAACGCGUGCAGCUGCCACAACGGCGGCCGGUGCGACCCCGGCGACGGGACCUGCCAGUGUGGACUGGGCUGGACCGGAGCCCGCUGUGACACCGCCUGUUCUCACGGGAAAUACGGGCUUGAUUGUGCGCAAGAGUGUCAAUGCCUCAACAAUGGGACCUGCGACCGUUUUACUGGCACCUGCACCUGUGCGGCUGGAUUCUACGGCCACGCCUGCCAACACGAAUGCCCACCUGGAUUCUUCGGAGUGAACUGUGCUCACGUGUGCGACUGUGAAACGUGGCACACCUGCGACCAUGUGACGGGCCGAUGUGUGUGUCCACCAGGUCACUACGGACCACAAUGCCAAAGACCGAUGCUCCAGCAAACCCCGGGGCCGCUGAACCUUUCCGGGUCCCUAAGAAAGAGAAGAGCAGGCUGCAAAAACACAUAACCCGAGCAGAGGUGCAAAGUCCUGACCGGACGCUCCAACGGGGGGACUUGAACUCCGUGAACCAUGACUCAGAUCAUCUUGGUGAAGGUGAUGGUAGCGAUAGUACGGCUUGGUGAAAGCGGUGCUGCAUCCCUGGGCCUGGAGCUCGGGGCUAAUCAUCACCCAGUGGACCUGGCGUGUCAGAGAAGGACCAUAAACUGUUAACCUGCCCCAGACUGUCUAAGAUUUCAAGUGCAGGGUUACAAAGACUUCUUGGGAAUUCAAACAAAUACUUUUGUGACUAUAGCUGAUCAUCGCUUUCCGGUUUGAUGUUUAAUGAGCCGUUACAGUUUCUCUGUGAAGUUAUGGAUAACUUAUUUACUCCUUGUGGAAAAUGAAAGUCAAGACACACAAAUAUAGAGACUGCAGACUUAAGGUUAAAAAUAGGGUCCAAAAAGAAGAUAAAUUAUUUUGGUAAAUGACAUCUAACUCCUUUUCUAGAAAAUUAGAAUUCAUCAACAUGAAAAGACUAUUUUGUAAUUCACUUCUACUUUACAAAAGAAAUGGUACUAGCUACACGUGUCUAAUGUCGGCGUUAAUUCCAGCAUCUAGAAUUUCAUCUUUUCAUCUUUUCAUUUCACAAAUGUUUACUGGUACAUUUUUAUCAGAUCAUUGGUUUGUUGGUUUACAGAUCACUAAACUUUCACAGGAAAAGGGUAAUUAACGUCUUUUAUUUGCCCUUUAGAAAUGCAAAAAUGAAUUGCGACCCCGAUCCGUUUAUUAGAAUUGAUGGGUUUUCUUGUUGCAAUGCAGCGUGCUGGACAUUGCAUUUGUUUUCUUUGUUUCUUACGUUUGGUCAGCGGCUGACAUGGACUUUGGGAGUCUUAUAAAAAAAAAAUCAAAUGAUCUUAAUACUUUUUUUCUUCAGUAAGUGUACCCAUUUGUGUUGCCGCACAACGUCAGCCUUUUUUCACAGAAAGAUCAGCAUCACUACUGCCAGCACUCUGCCAGUGUAUUGGAUGUAAUCUGUUUUAUGCUUGUAAAAACUGUAUUGUUUAAAUCUCAGGUCAAUGUCAGUUAUCAGUCAUCACUUGUAAUGUGCUCGUUUUCUAUCAGCGGUGCUACAUGGAUCCAUUUGUUGUGCAAAACCAAUAAACUCUAUUCGUACAGUCA